AAACGUAAAUUUUUUAUUAUAAAACCCGAAUUUUCUAGUAUCACUGGUACUUGUUACCGACCCCGUGACGUCACCAGCUACACUCAGCUGAUCCUCUUUCUGACCAACACGAUUACGAGCUGGUGACAGCGGCAACUGCGCGGAACAGCUGGUAAUUUCUUCUUUUUAUUUUAAGAUUGCAUUUCAAAGCUUGUCACGACUCUGGUUAGGCCAUUAAUUCUCGUGCAGACGAGUGUGCUUGCCAGCAGCCAAGCUUGGUCGUUUAGUAGGCUAGUUAUCUAGCAAGCAGCUAUGUUAGCUCCGCCGUGAUGCGUUUAUGGGCCUCUUCCACCGCGCUUCCGUCUCGAAUGCUUGAUGUCUGACUGAGAGCAAACUGCGAGAUGGAAGGCUACGAUGAAUCGGACUCGCUGGAAACACCCGAGCUCCCUCUGGAGAUUGUCAUCUACAUCCUGAGUUUCCUCCAGACUUCAGACAGAAAGGAAGCAUCACUGGUCUGCCGCAGCUGGUACAUUGCCAGCCAGGACUUGUGUUUUCAGAAAAAUGUCAUAUUUUGCUUUCCGGCUUCAGCCUCAUCCUUGGAGCUGGUCAGGAAUCUGGGACGAAGGUCUCGCUGCAGCUUGAUCAUCAGACAGCUGGAUGGCUUCAGCUUGUCCAGAUCUCUGCUACUGGAGGUGGGCCUAAGUGUCGGCUCCAAGUUGGACAGCUUAGCGCUGCCUGGCAGCAGUGUCACUGAAGCCUCCUUGUUGGCUCUCCUCCCUCGCCUCACUUCCCUCCGCAGGCUCGAUCUCAGAGGCCUGGACAGCCUCUUCAUGUCUGGAGCCUUCCUCUCCAGGAAGGAACACAGACAGCAGGUUAAGUCGGCUCUCUUUGGCCUCGAGGAACUGGACCUGUCCGACCUGCGCUACCUCUCCGACCUCACCUUCAACCGCCUGACGGGCUGCACACCUCGCCUCCGCCGCCUCUCGUUGGCUGGCUGCCACAUCGCUUUUGAGUUUGACCCCUACAGUGGCUGCCCUGUGGGAAGUGUCAAGGUUUCCUCUGCGCUACUCUCACUGAGGAACCUGCGGAAGUUGCUCACGGAGCAGAGUGCCACCCUUGUUGCUUUGGACCUCAGCCGAACCUCCAUCACUCCCGAAUCCCUUCGCACUAUUGCCCAGGUUCAAGGAUUGGCUUUGGAGGAGCUGUUUCUGCAAAGUUGCAAGGAGCUGACAGACUACUCGGUGGAGGUGAUGGUGAAGCACCAGCCGGGCCUCCAGAAACUGGACAUCAGCGGCUGCACCGAGUUGACGAGCAGGGCCGUGGUGGCCAUAGCGCGAGGCCUGAGCUUCCUUACGGACCUCUAUUUGUCACGUGACUGGAAGAUCACUGAAACAGGCCUAGCCGACCUGGUGUCAGUCCCAUCCCUGCGGAGUCUGGAUCUGUCCGAGUGUCUUCACAUCGGCGGGGCAGAGAUGACGAAAGGUUUGUCGCGAUGCCAUGCUGAGCGAGCGCAGCUGGAGAAGCUCAAUCUACGGAGCUGUACUUACAUGCGGGAUGAGGCCGUAUUCUCCCUUACGCAGGUUCUCGGCAGCAGUCUACGUGAACUGGACCUGACCUCGUGCGUCAAUGUGACCGACCUGUCGGUGCGCGCCAUUGCCACCUACCUGCAGGGCCUGGUGGUCCUGCGACUAGGUUGGUGUAAAGAGGUGACAGAUUGGGGUCUGCUGGGGAUGGUGGAGGCGAGCGUGUGCGUGCUGGACGAGGACAAGGAAGACAAGGGCCCCAGGUUCACAUGCACCUUCGGCAACAUGGGCUUCUUCAAGCCUCCGCGAUUGCCCUUCGAGGAGCGACCCAAGCUGGUGACGCCGGACGAUUUGAAGCAGUUCAAACUGCAGGCGGGGGCGUCGCUGUUAGCGCUCCGCAGGCUGCGUGAACUCAACUUGUCCGCCUGCUGCAAGCUAACCGACAGCAGCAUCACGCAGGUGGUGCGCUUCGCAGACCUCCAGUGUCUCUCUUUGUCCUCACUGCCCAACAUCACCGAUGCCAGUUUGUUGGCUGUGGCCCGGCACUGCCGGGCCCUCACCAGCCUGGAUCUCAGCCACUGUGCGCACAUAAGCGACCGCGGCGUGGCGCAGGCGGCGCCGUUCCUCCACAGGUUGCAGCAUUUCUCCCUCUCGGCUUGCAAUCACAUUACAGAUCAAUCUUUGCUCCUGCUGGCUCGGCACUGUCAGCGACUUAAAACACUUGACGUGUCCAAGUGCAACAAGAUGUCAGGGAUCACCGUGGACCACCUUCAAUCACAGCUGCCCUUUUUGGAAAAUGUCCACUGCAAAAUAUCCGGUGGGACUGACUUUACACUCUGAUUUAAAUGUUCUUUGUGACUUUUAAUCAAGCAAAUGUGCUGACCAAACCUGGGAGCAAGUGUUGAGGUUCAUAACAUUGUCCACAAAUGAACUCUUGAGAGGUUUCAAACUUAACGUACAGCUUGCCCCACCCAGUGUUUAAAUUUUUUUUAUUUUUUUACUUAAGUCUUCUAGUAGCAUUUCGAAUUCAUUUCACGUUAUCCCUAAUUGGGAAGAAAUCAGUUAGGCUUCUGGCAUGUAGCACUCUAAACCAAGUUGAAAUGGACAUCACUGUCCGCACUGUACCAGUAGCACAAUUUUUUUCAACCAGUCAGUGACUGAAAGCAACGCUAACGGUUAUUCGUGAAGCUUCAUUUGUCCCUCACUAAUUAUAAUGAAAGACGUGUGGAACAAACCUGUGUAGACUCUCUUGUUUUUUGUUUUUUUGUAAACAAGCAACUUGUGAAAACUGUCACACAAUAGUUUAAAAUACAUGUUGAGUCAAGUCAAUAGUAUUUAUAGAGCACUUUCAAACAGCCAUCGCUGCAUACAAAGUGCUGUACAUGGAGCGAUUUAACAUGCACAAUAAACAGUAAGACGAAUCGGUAAUAAAGGUGGUAGAAAGCACCAAGCAGUAAAACCAAGAACAAAUCUAAGUCAUGCUGAGUCGAAUGCCAAAGAAUACAAGUGAGUUUUGAGGAGGGCUUUAAAGAUGGGCAGCGAGGAGGCUUGCCGAAUGUUCAGUGGGAGGUCAUUCCAGAGAGAGGGACCAGCAACAGAAAAGGCUCGAUCCCCUCUGAGUGUCCAAUAAAUGCCCUUUUGCUAAUACAUUUUAGCAAUACGCAUUUAAAAUACAUCCAAACACAAAAUAUUGUCCGUGUAGAUGCAUAUUUAAAUGGCAUGGCGAUGUUGCCGCAUCACUCCCGAAAGUGCAGAGUGCACAUUUCAAGGUGCCACUGAAAUGAAGCCAAAUGGCAUUAAAAAGGGUGCACGUCUAUGAGUAAAAACAGCUAAAAAGUGGAAAGUUGAUAUUUCAUUGCAUUUAUUGAUGUUCUUAAGAGAUUAUUUUUUUGGGGUGAAGUACAAAUACACAGAUUAAGUCCAAAGGUAAUGUCAGAGUCUUUGUCAGGACAAUGCAGGUAUUCAUCAGGGGGGCAAAGUGGCCUCAACAUUCGUGCUCCUACCAUUUUAGCUUUUUAAAAUAAUUUCAUAUUUUUAUUUUAUUUCAGUCUCUGUGGGACUUUCUGUUAUAAUUGCCUAAUUAAAGCCCAUCUGUUUUGUUGGUUUUACUGGCCAUUACAGUGCUUUAAAAUUGUACAAUGCACCAGAAUUGAUUGUAUAUGCUUAUAUAAAGCACUGGAACAAAAAAACAUGUUUCUGUUCAAACUUUGUGAACCAAAACAUUCAUAACCUGUUACCCCCCAAAAAUAAAAUUUCUAAGCGUUUGCAUAGUGACAGAGAUAAUUUUGGUCAUCUACAUCCGUGUGCGUGUAAAUAUAUAAAGUACCUAUUUUUUUUCUUGAUGCAGAGAAUUAGCCAAGACUUGGUUGCGAUUGUGUAGAUGAAAUGUACUGUAAGUUGGAUCAAAAAGGGCUAAUUCAAUUUACAUCUAGUAAAGAUUAAGCAGAGAAAGAUAUUUGGUUUUCUUUAAGGGACAGCAUGUGCAAAACCUCAAUAUGAUGACUUGCAUGCAGGAUGAUUCCAUACAAGGGGCCCGAAAUUAUCAUGGAAAAAUAAGAAAACGGUAUUUAUUUAACAAAUUUAAAGUACAGCUGUACUGUAUAAAAAGAGUAAGGGCUUAAUUCUCACUUUUCCACAAAACAAGGUCGAUUUUCAUUCAUUUCAUUGAGUCCUAUGAAACUUUGCAACUGAUUGGUUAAAAAAGUGAAAUUGCACUUCAAAUUGUGAGGUUCAGUCAAGCAAGUGGAUGUUAACCCCAAAACUUUCUUUACAAUAUGUUCGACGCGCCUCCCCCAAUCGAAACAUGGCAUUCUAAUUAAGAUUGUGGUGUUUGUGGAAUAGGAGCCCACCCGUUUUGUCCAAUCAUAGCUUAAGUUUUCUGAAAACUGGCUUGUGAUUGGUUGGUACCUGAACAACUGUGAUGUCAUUUUCUGUUGACAGCGAGCGGCAAAAUGGCCGCCCGUUGAGGUGGCCUAAAACGGGUGGAUUGUAACUCAUAUUCCACAAACGCAAGAUUAAUCAGAAUGCCAUGUUUAGACUAGCGGGGGUUCAUACAACAUAUUAUUGUCAUGAAAUUUGGGGGUUGACUUCCCCUUUGAAGAUGAGCACAGCAGCAGUUGAAGCUCGUGAACAUUUGCAACAAACGUGUACAUCAGAGCCUCACACACA